AUGAAUCCCAUAUACCCAGUUAAGGAGGAGUACCGGGAUCGAACUCCGGCGAGCCGCCGCCGCCGCCACCACUACCCCCGCGGCGAUGGAGGGGCUUCACGACGCCGGACCACCGCCGUUCCUGACCAAGACCUUGACAUGGUGAAUGACCCAGCAAGCGAUCGCAUAGUCUCUUGGAGCAGAGAGGAUUUUAAUGAUGGAACUGGUGAAGCUGAGACAGCAGCAGCAGAACACCAGAGCCCACCUUCAAGCCAUGGAUAUGAGGCUUCAAGGCACGGAAAAGAGGCAGCAGCAAAUGAUGAGUUUUCUGGCCAGAGCUAUGCAGAACCAGCUUUUAUUCAACGGCUAGUCCAGCAGAAGGAAAAGAGAAAAGAGCUUGAAGAAGCCAUUAGCAAGAAAAGGAGAAGACCAAUUGAUCAAGGCCCAAGUGGUGAAACAAGUCAAAUUGGUGAAGGGUUUGACUUCAAAUUCAAUCCCAUAAAAGCUGAACCUCUUGAACCGGAGAUCAAUUUGGAUCUGGAGUUUCAGAGUUGGAAGCACUUGCCAUGGAGAUGCAGGGAGCUUCUGAGUGAGAAAUUUGACGGAGAACGCAGCGAAGAGGAAGAUGUGAACGUUUUGGCCAGCCAGUUGGGUCACUUAGGGUCCUGUGGCGAAGAGGACAAUGAGAAUUCCUGUGCA